CGCGAGGAAGUGCGUCAACGGCCGAGGGCCGGCGCCACGUUCCCAUUGAGCGGAACCGAGGCGCCGCUGCGGUCUAGAGACUGUCUCCUUUUGGCCCGGGAGCUGUCCGGAUGGAAACGCCUUUUUACCAGGAUGAGGCAGUGAGCAUCGGCGGCCGGCUUCAGACCGUCCCCAUCAUGAUGUUAAUGAUGGAGAAGAAGAACGCUGCCGAACGGCGGCGGCAGCACCAACAACACCACCACCACCAACAACAACAACAGGCGGACAGCCCGACUGGAGGAGCAGGCGGCGGCAGCAACACGCUGCAGCAACAGUCACAGUCACCCGGGUUGGAGAAGGUGGAGGAGGAGAGCGGCGCCAGGCGGGAGCUAGAGGCCCCUGUCCAUCCCUUUGUGAAAGGACGAGAAUACCUGGAGGGAAGCAGGGCUCAAAUGGAAAACUCUCAUCCCUACUCACUACAGGAUUUACACAAGCAGAACCAGCAUCUAGUCUUGCCGGGAACUCCAUGCUCAGCUCAUAGCUCCACCUCAGUCUAUCAUGGUAAUCUGCAUCUAACCCAGACAAAAGGUGAUGUUCCUGUAUAUACUAACCUCAGCAACUAUAGUCCCAGCCUGCCUAACACAGGUCCUGAAAAUUACUCCACUGGCCAUGUUCCCUAUGCAGGCCCAACAACUGCACCGCACCACUUCUCAUCCUUGGCUCAGCUCAUGUGUCCAAAAUAUCAAGAGGAGCCCCAGACAGUGCCUGAAAUAGGUCCACUGAAUGAAUCUCCCCCACUUUCUCCAAUAGACCAAAGAGGGCAGCAGAUCAAAGCUGAAAAGAAGAGACUGAGAAAUCGCAUUGCAGCAUCUAAUUGUCGGAGGAGGAAGCUGGAGCGGAUUGCCAAACUGGAAGACAAAGUAAAGACUCUCAAGUCUGAAAACUUUGAAUUAACCUCAACCGCCUGUGUCCUGCGUGAACAAGUGGUGCACCUCAAACAUAAAGUGAUGAAUCAUGUCAAUAAUGGAUGUCAAGUGGUCCUUGCUUCCUCUAACCUCUUAAAACCAGAGGAAAGCUUUCAAUAAAUACGCUUUGAUUUUAAUCAAGUUAAGUUUAAUUUCUUUGAGUGCUAGUUUGGAUGCUUAUCUUGACUCACUUUUGUAUCUUCUAAGCUGCUGAACAUGAUCGAAGUUAAUCAACUAAAAGAUUAUGCGGAGCAAAUUCAUCUUGAAGAAUAGAGAGACAGUUGAGUCCGUUGUAUCUGAUGUAAUUUCAGAUGUUUGGUGAAAAGAUUCUUCUGUUAACAUUUUGCUUAUUCUUGGAAACUAUCUUAUUUAAAUACACUGUAAAUUUUUCUUUUUGAGCCACAAAUUAUACAUAUGUUGCAGGACACUAUCUCUUGCGAAAUAGCCUUUCAUCACUUCCACCCCUGCCCCUAACAUAAAUUGUUGAUGAGUGAAAUUGAAAAUUUGUACAAAAGGAAUGAUCUCUGAUUUACCAAUUGAAAAAGUUGUGAAUUAUUUCCACCCAAGAGUGAUUGAGUAUAAUUGAAGAUCAUAAUGUAAAAUUAUGGGUUUCUAAUUUAGAUUUUUAGAAUAGCUUUGUGUUAGAUUUUUUGUAAAAAUUGCAAAGGUACUUUCAAAUUAAGAUACUAUUAAAUACACUGGAACAAAUGUUUUUUGUGUAAAGUAACGGUACUAUCAGAAACAAGUUUAAUACAAGAUGAUUAUCAAAUGAUUGUCACACUUGAACAGGAGCUUGAUAUUGAGUAAAUUUAUCUGACAGUUGUUUUGCCAGUAUCAUGAGAUUUUGUUACUUUUGUACAGUUAUUGUAUGCAUCAGGAAUCUGAUUCACAUUACUGCUUAAAUGUCUAAAGGAAGGUGUUUCACUAUUGGAAUAAAGUCCUUGUGUCGCCUGCAAAUUCAGGUAAUCUGACCAA